AUGCCCAAAGCAAAAAACAGCUCCAAGCCAAAGGGAAAGGUUUAUUCGGUGCCGACGGCGCGGCGCCAGAAAGACGGCGGGGUGCCCAAGCUCACGGCGCUGAAGAGCAAGGCGCAGACCGGCCGCUUCGCCAAAGCAAGGCCCGAAAGAGCCGGCGGACCAACUUCGAUCCACGCGCUUGCCAGCACGUCCCGGCAUGCAGGAGAUAACUUUAUCGAAGCCGUGGAGGAGGACUUGGCGCCCGUCGACGCGUCGCUUACAGUCCGCGACAGCUCGGCCAAGGCUUUCAUGCGCGAGCUGCGCAAGGUUAUUGAGCGUGCGGACGUCAUUAUCCAGGUGCUUGAUGCGCGUGAUCCGGAGGGAACGCGAUCCAAAUGGGUCGAGGAGGAGGUGCGCAAGCGCGACUCGAAGGGCAAGAAGCUCAUCUUUGUCAUUAACAAGAUCGACCUUGUGCCCAUCGACAAUCUCCAAUCCUGGCUCAAGCACCUGAAGCACACAGCCGCAACCUGGCCAUUCAAGAGUUCGACCCAGUCCCAGCGCGGACAUCUCAGCCAGGCGACAGUGCCGCUCACAGCCCAGAGCGUACCCGGACAAAAGCAGACGCUGCGCGAGCUCCCCCAGACCAGCUCGAGUAUGGGCGCGACUGAGCUCCUCGGCGCGCUCAAACAGUACGCACUCAGCACUCCUCAUUCGGCCCUGACUGUGGGCGUCGUCGGAUACCCGAACGUCGGCAAGUCAUCGCUCAUCAACUCCCUCAAGCGCUCACGCGCUUGUGGCGUCGCCGCUAUGCCAGGCAAGACUCGUGUCGUGCAGGAGGUUGUGCUUGACAAGGGCGUCAAGAUUCUCGACUGUCCCGGUGUUGUGCUCGAGGACAUCCGCGACUUGGCGAGCGGGGACAGUAAGCGGAAACAGGCCGAGAUGAUGCUCCGUAACGCCGUCAAGGCCGAACUCGUCGAGGACCCCGUCGCGCCCAUCGACGUCGUGCUCGAACGCGCAGACCCCCAGCUCCUCAUGAACCUCUACAACCUGCCUCCAUGGGACGACACGAAGGACUUUCUCAUCAAGCUCGCCCUCACGCGCGGUCGCCUCGGGCGUGGCGGCAUUCCAGACCUCGAAGCCGCAGCUGUACAGGUUCUGCGUGACUGGAACUCGGGCAAGAUUCCAUACUACACCCGUCCGCCGGCUGUGCACACGUCGAGCAAACCACAGGAGGCGGCUGAGGCGGCCGACGCCGACGCCGACGUCGCCAUGGACGGUGCGCGCGUCGGCGACGCCAAAAUCCUCAACAACCUCAGCGAGGCGUUUACCCUCGACGGGCUGUUCGACGACAUCGGCGGCGAGGGCGACUGGGACGGUGAGGAGGGCGACGCCGGCUUCGUCGCUGACGAGAUGGAGGAGGACGUCGCUCCUCCAUCAGCGCCCGCCUUGGCCCCAGUCGCGGCGUCGGCCUCGGCAUGGGCCGGCGCAUUCUCCCCUGCAUCGUCCGCCUCCUCCCCCGUCGGCCGCUCCAUUUCCCUCUCCCCCCCUCCCUUCCCCACAUCAACCUUCAACCCCUCACUGAAGAACACACGUACCUUCAACGCCCCCGCCCGCGCCGCAGCCGAUCCAACCCGCCUCUUCACCGCCGAGGAACGCGCCGCCCUCCCAACCAUGAGUGGGGACAAGCAAAAGGCGAAGAAGGAAGCGAAGAAGGCCAAGAAACGUCGUGCGGCCGCCGAACAAACUGAAGGCGAACUCCUCCUCGGCUUUAUGGGGAUGGACGUCGACGAGACGGCCUACGAGCCACCCAAGACCGCCAAGCAGCGCCGCAUCGAGAAGAAGGAGCGUAAAGAGGUACGUGAGGUGCGCCAGGUGGACGUCCAGGUAGCCAAGGAACGCGACUUUGCAAGCUUCCUGGCGGCCAUGGGUGAGGACGAGGACGAGUUGUAG